AUGCGCUUUUCUCUUUCAACCGUUGUGGCGCUGGGCGCCCUCCAGACGUUUGGUGUCUACGCUCAGGAUUGUAUUAACGCCUGUGUCGAGAAUGUCAAGCCCACUAUUGGCUGUGCAAAUCCCGCUGAUGCCAGCUGUGUUUGUGUUUCAAACGACUUUGUGAAGGGUGUUGCCGAAUGCGCAAGAGCACCUGAGUGUGCUGCUGCAGAUGAUGCCAUCACCAACGGCAUAAGCAAUGGAUUCUGUGUUGGUCAACAAGUGCCUGCUUUGCCGGCCUCUGCCGCAACCCCUACUGAGGGCGCAGCAACAUCUGAUGCAGCGGCAGCGACAUCCGAAAGUGCUGCUGCACCUGAACCCACCAACGCUGAAACGACUCCCGCAGCCCUUCCAGAGUCCUCAGCAGCCCCUGCGACAGAGGCACCUGAGGUACCCGAGGCUACUCCCACUACUGCAUCUGAUGUGGUCGAACCUAGUCAGGCUACUGCUGAAGCUUCUGAUGAAGCCUCUGCUGAACCAUCUGCUUCUGCCACUGAUGCCGAUAACUCAUCUGCAACUUCCGAAGCCGCUGGUGCUGCCGCUACAUCUGACUCGACAGAUGAUGAAGACGAGGAGGAACCUGCUGCAGGUGGAAUGUCUGGCGGUGCCAAGGCUGGUGUUGGUAUCGGUGUUACUAUUGGUGUCCUCGCUCUUCUCGGUACGGCUGGUUUCUUCUUUUGGAAGAAACGUCAGAACCAGCAGAACCUUACACGUGGACACAUGGACGACAUGUCGCCCCCUAUGACUGUCAGAGACCGCAGUUAUCCUGCACCUGAUCAAGGCUCCAUUGGCGAGAAGCACGGAUAUGAUCUUGAACUUAUGUCCCAUCGAUAUGAGGAUAUGCUUCCUCGAGAGGAACCCCGACAUAUGGUUUGA